CGCGACACUGACAUCGCACACAUCUCAACUACCAAGCGAAACGCUCUUCAGAUCGCUGACGCCGGCGCCACCAGCGGAUCUUGGACGUGUAGCAUACAUAACUGCAAACAUAGCCGUAUUUCUUGGCUAUUUCGAGACGAAUAGGAGCACCCAAUACAUUCGGUGGUUUGUUGGCAUCGACUUGGUUGUCUUGACGCUAAAAGCCAGCAUUUGUCGCCAUCGUUUUCACUUCGUCACCAGUGAUUGCCCUCUUUGAGGCUCUCUUGACUGGCCGCUCGUCAGAAGAGAGGUUACAUAUAAAUCUCACACGCAGAGGGGCGCCUAACACCACUUGCUUGGUUCAAGUCACGAGUACUGCGAGCCAUUCUGUUGACUUGAAUCGCGAUGGUAUCGUUCUUUGGAUUGAAGAUAGGGGGCGAGAGGAAGAAGAAAUCUUCGAAAGACCUUCAGAUCUCUGGCCCCCAGCCUCAGCAUCCAGAUGACCCUAAUGCUAUCGACAACUUUUUGGACUUGAAAUUUGGACCCAACCCUGCGUACGAAGCUAGCGUCUAUUCACUGUCGCGACAGGAGUCUAGACAGUCAUCGUCGUCUUCUAUAAAAAGCAAAUUCAAGGGCCUUAGAGUUGCACCCUUUGCCUCGAAUAAGUUUGGUUCGAGCAUGACAGAUCUUCCAGCCCCGCCUAGCCUUCGACACCACACAUCUAAUCCUAGCCUUGGUCGCCGAUGGAACACCGGCUCGUCGACGAGUCUGAGCUUUGUUCCUCCUAGUUUCAGCUCAAUAGCCCGACCCAGCACGUCCGAUGGCAAACGUAGGGCGCAGAUAAACAAACUUGACGUACAGCUCACACAAACCCCGUCAAAAGGAGGCUUUAAGGGACCCUUGAGUCCGGCGUUAACGGUGCCGGACGACGGACCAAGCACGCCUUCGAGUGCUACACCCAAGUCACCACUGGGUAAAUACGAACUGAAGCUUGACCUUCCAAGUGAUGUGUCCUCGUUCGCAGAUUUCGGAAAUUUCAGUGGGACUGUCGAGACGCCUGCACCAUUACGCAUCAAGAAACAAGCCUCCACCCGAGUGUUGGCGAGGCCGCAGGCAAGAGGGCAUAUACCGCAGAAACCUCCGUCUCCUCCACAGUCCGUUGAUGGCAGAGAUAUCCCGGCAACCCCGGUUUUAAACUCGCCCAAGCUCCCAGUAGCCGAGACGCAGCCUCCCAGCUCUCAAAGCCAGCGCAGCAUUCCAUCUGGGCUUGAGGACCUUCAAAAUGUAAUAUCAAAUCUUGAGCCAGCAUCUCUACCCUCUCCAUCGACAACACCUCGUCCCAGCGAAGAGAAGCAGUCAAUCACCGUCAACCCUCCGCGGCCUACUUCAUCGAUAACGAAAAGAGGGACUAGCAAACCAGUUAUUCAGAACGUUCGCGCCAAGCGAGACACGCUCACCAUAAAUCCACAACGUCGUCGUAGCCUGGAAAUGAAGAUUGAAGCAAUCGAAAACGGCACUAUACCUCCAGUAUCUCACGCUGACCGACCAAAAACAUCGAUGGGUGGACGCUUGAUCGAACGUCCGCCUCCAUUAACUCUCACAACGGGCUUUCGUCCAAGUGACGGGCCGCGAAGUGCACCUUUCUUGCAAAAUCCGAUAAGGUCACUUACGCCCACAAACAUGAGAUCACCACUACGAUUAGAAGUUGGAGCAACCGAGAGACAUGAUUGGAGAGCAUCUGUCACUGAGACUCGGGAUCAACGCUCGGGUAUAGACUCUCCUACAGGGUCGUCCGUGUACGACGACGACGACGAUGACGUAUAUGAACACCCACCAUCCCCUGAGAGCACAAGCCCGGUUAUGCCAUUGACUGGCCCAUUGGCGAGUCCAUGCUUCCCGCCCUCAGCCCAAUCUCCUUUCUCCUACUCUAGCAUCUCUACAUCGCCUCACAAAGACGAAAUAGAUAGCGAUCGCAGCUCAUCUCCUGUUACACCGCCGGUCCCGCCUCGCUCCUCAAGACGCAAGUUGCCUACGGCCAACUCGUCUUAUUGGCCAUUGCCAUCACCAAUAGCGCCUUCACCUGACCGUGCCGCUGUCUCACCGGCCUUUAUGGAUUCGAGAUUGCGAUCGGAAUCUGGUUCCGAGACCGGGUCUUUUUCUCCCUACGAACCCCUCGAGCCGCCUCGCAUUCCAAGCGUUCGCUCAGGCGCCGAGUCCCCCACUUUCCGGUCUUUUAGUCGUCCAUGGACUCCAUCUAUGGCUAGUGAAUUUGCAACACCUGUAUUGAGGCGUGCUGAGACUGCAGGGCAGUUAUUAGGGGCAGGGGCGGCGAUGGGGACAGAAUUCGAGGGCGGACUAAGACCUCCGCCGCGGUCCGCAACUACGAGGAUGGCUAAUACAGAUCUUAGAUCUGUCAGCCACUCAACUGGGCCAGGAGGGGACGACAGCUUGAGUGGCGGUUUUAUUUGAUUUAUUCAUACAAUAACGAGCGAUCUUGGGCGGAUCCCGUUGGCAAAGCCGCAGGGCGGGAAAAAUGCCUCAAUUUACCCAAGUUAAAAUCAUGUCAGGAAGAGGUCGAAGGUGCAUAGCGGACUGAUGGAGUAUUGUCUUAAUGUCUAAAUUAAUGUUUGUCUAUAUAUAGUUUCUGCUAGCGGACAAAGAUACCAUUUGAAAUUUCAUUGCUAUUGAUAAACUGC